GAAUCUACCUGAGCUCAGUCUAAGCGGGUCCAUUCCGGAUUCCAUCAGCAGCCUCCGCGAGCUCUCUAUUCUAUAUCUUAUCAAAAAUCGGUUCACUGGCUCAAUCCCCAGUACAAUCAGCAUCCUUACAAACCUGCAGCAACUAUAUCUUCAGUACAAUCACCUCACUGGCUCAAUCCCCGCUGAAAUCGGCAUUCUUACGAACUUAAGAUUCCUAAUACUCUCUGUCAAUCAGCUUAGCGGCACAAUUCCUGCUGAAAUCAGCAACCUUUCCAAACUUUAUUAUCUAGGUCUUUCAAGCAAUCAACUCACCGGCACAAUUCCCACUGCAGCAAUAGGCAACUUUCUAAACCUGAAUUACCUAUAUCUUCAGUACAAUCAGCUCACAGGCUCAAUCCCCACUGAAAUAGGAACCCUUACAAACCUCAUACACCUAUAUCUUGAUCACAAUCAGGUCACUGGCUCAAUCCCUACUGCAAUUGGCAUGCUUACAAACCUAAAGCGCCUAAGUAUUGAUAGCAAUCAGCUAAAUGGCUCUAUCCCCACCACAAUCGGCAUGCUUACAAACCUAGAAAUCCUAGGUCUUUCAAGCAAUCAGCUCACUGGCGCAAUUCCCACUGCAAUAGGCAACCUUUUUUAUCUGCAAUACCUGUCACUUUCUGAAAACCGGCUCAGUGGCACAAUUCCUGCUACAAUCAGCAACCUUCCAGUACUGAGUUAUCUUGGUCUAUGCCGCAACUACCUCACAGGCCCCCUUGUGAAUCUCCCAGUCAACUCCCAAGCGGAUCUGACCGACAACUACCUGUCGGGUGUUGUGUCCGCACCAGACUGCCGUCGACUCAACAUCGUCGCCAACUGCUUCGCACCAAGCAAAGCCUGCCGCCCUGCCAUGCAGCGGCCCGCAGCACAGUGCAUGGCAUUCUGUGGCAUCUCUCCAACCGCUUUCGCCUGUGGUGGUCGGGGCGUGUGCUACCCAGAUGGGCCUAGUUUGGUGCCAACGUGCCUGUGUGAUGCGGGAUCCUUGCAGCUUGGAGGAAUCACCUGUAUUUCAGGAGGCUUCCAGGGAAAUAUUCUCCCGCCAUUCACAGUGCUCACCAAGGGCACGCAGCAGGAGACGGUGGGAAAGUUCAUGGCGAAGGCAGUGACCCUCUUUAUGUACCCCCCUGGUGUGACCUCGGCAUGCGGCUUGGGUUUGGCAUUCCGAGUCAACUUCACCUUCGCUCUCAUGCCCCAGUCUGGUACCUCAAGUUCCAGCGGCUUUGCAUUUGUAAUCGCGGCAAAGCCCAAGGCAGGAAAACCUGGUGGUGUGGGGUAUAGUGGAGUGGGACCAAGGAGCAUGGCCGUGGUAUUCGACACGCUUCAGGAUGAUGCGGGCGAGCAGCACGUAGGGCUGAGCAUCAACGGUUCAGAAGAGCCCUUGGUCAAGGAGGUGUCUCCAUUCACACUCACAGACGGCGACUCAUACAAGGCAUGGGUGGACUAUGAGCCUGGAGAUACCGGCAACAUUCAAGUGUUCCUGUCGAAUUCAAAGUUGAAGCCAGAUGAGCCCUUGCUGCAGGGGAGUGUGUCGCUGUGUGCGGUGCUGCAGCCGGGAGUGAAGCAACCGGCGUUCUCGUUUGGCUUUGUGGCGUCCACUUCUGUGAAGCCCUUCCAGCUGCAUGGCAUUCUCUUCUCCUCUGUGCAAACAGUUGCUCCUUCACCCAAGCCAGGCCUGGUCAAUGAGAAAGCCCUUGGCCUCUCAUUGUCCGAGGCCACAUUUGCACCAUCUCGAGCCAGUCCCUUUUCGCGCUAUGUGAGUGCGGACUUCAAGCUGUCGGCCACCAAAGCGGACUCGUGGAGCAUUCGUGACUUCCACACGUGGGACUCCGUGCCCUUCCUCAACUGGCCUGUCAAGAACCAAAACGAUUGCAGUGCGUGCUGGGCGUAUGCAGUGGUGGCGAGUGUGGAGGCGGCAUACGGCAUUGCCAAGCAGCAGAGCGCCCCUCAGCUAUCAGUGCCCUCGCUCUUCGCCCUCAUGGGGCUCUCCGACUCCGACAAGUGCUCUGCUGGCGGCUCCCCCACCCAGGCCUUUGAGACGCUCGUGGCCCUCGAUGCCUCCAGCGGGCUCACAGGGGAUAGUGACCUGGCAACAAGGUACCCAGUGCAGGCGUUUGAGCGAGCGCAGUUCAAGGGGUAUGUGGGGCUCAUGCUGGCAGUGCAGCGGCAGCCAGUGGUGGUUCACAUCGAGGCGUCUGCUCCAACCUUCAUGCAGUAUGAUGGGACUUACAAAUAUCAGGAUCCUGGUUGCUACACGGGCAGUCUCAACCAUGUUGUACUCGUUAUUGGCUACUUUAUCACAAGAAACGACGGCAGCCAGAACCGCAUUGCUCCUCCGUUUUGGAUCAUUCGCAACUCGUGGGGAGAGGAGUGGGGCCAAAGGGGUCAUAUGCGGAUGGACAUUCAGGGAGGGGAUGGCGUGUGUGGCAUCAACGUGCUGCCUGGCAUCUACCCCAUUGUCAAAAUUCCAGGAGACCCCUGUGGAGAAAGCAGCUACAAGGGCGAUGGGGAUUCGCAGCCCAGCAUGAACCCGUGUGGCAGGUUCCAGUGUCAGGGGGCGACAGCAAGCAGCAACUACUGCACCUGCAAUAUACCUACCGCUACUGUGCAGCCUUUUGUGGAAGUUGCAAACAGAAUUGGCUCCACUUGUGCUUAUGUGGACGUGUGUGGGUCAUACUUCAAGAACCCCUGCUACGUGGGAGCAUGCAUCAACGAUGGCAAGGGCUCCUACUCCUGCAUCUGCCCUCCCAACCACGUUCAAAGCACAACCGUUGAUGGUUUCCCCACCUGCGAUCCAACUAAUACCACAUGCACCACAAUGACAGUCAGUGGAGACAACUGGUGGUGUUCGGAUGUUCAUCCGCUUGUAGGCCUUUCACUGUCUGACUUCACUAACCAAAAUGCGGGCAUCGACUGCAGCCAGCCAUUGCCCAAGGGCAGUGUCCUUCAGCUGGAUGGUACUCCCGCCACACCCUGCACUGCAUUCUUCUACUCCCUCAACGGGGACACCUGUGCGUCCAUCACCCCAGCGCUCAGCCUUAAUGAGGGAAGUCUCACUGCGCUCAACCCCGGCCUUGACUGCUCCAAUCCCAUCAAGGCGGGCCGCUCUGUGUGCCUCGAGCGCAGUGCUGCCUUCGCCUUCACCGUGCCCGAGUGUGUCCGAUACGGCACGCUCACACCUCAAGACACGUGCGACCGGCUUCUUCAGAGGACCGGCACUUCACAAGGGGGUGCCAGUGAGAAUCAAUGGGCUGCGCUGUACCGCAACAAUCCCGGGCUCACUUGCUCUGCCACCAUCCCUUCCUCCGCCUCGGCUGUCGGCAGCAACAUGGGUGUACAGGUUUGCCUCAGGGCAGAGUAUUGGUCAUUCACGAUGGGUUUAUGCAACAAGGGUAGGGCCAAGCCUGUCCAGCCGUCAAUGGCAUGCCCAGCUGCUUACCGCUUCUACGGUGGGGCUACCUCAACAGCAAUUGCACAAUUUCACGAGUACAAUGGCAGGUCUUGCUCUGGAACUGUAGGAGUGAAGUUUAUUUGCGUGCCAUCGUCAUUUUGA